CAGUGAGCGGUCUCAGAACAGAGUGCAGAGAGAGAGGGAGAGAAAAAAGCAAAGUGAAUGUUAGAGCCCAAUGUGGUCACUUCUGAAACACUGAAUCAGAGAGAAAUGUUGGGAUUAACCAGUCGGAUUUAAAAAUCUGGAGCUCAUGCGGAGGCAGCCAAUCGGGAGACGAUCUGGAUUAAAAGGAGCCUUGGUCUAAAUGGGUCCGGUUAUGCCUCCCAGUAAGAAGCCGGAAGGUACCGGGGUCAGCGUCGUGAGGGGCCUGAGCCAGUUCUAUCAGGCGAGCUCCUUCACGUGCACCCUGCAAGAGGCUGAAGACAUCGACCUGGCUGUUCCCACAAUCAAACUAGAAAAGGGCAGCGUGGAAGAUGAGGAGCUCACCAACCUCAACUGGCUCCAUGAGAGCAAAAACCUACUCAACAGCUUCGGCGACCCUGUGCUGAGGAGUGUCAGCCCUGUACUGGACCUGGAUGAUGACACCCCACCCUCCCCGGCCCACUCGGACCUCCCUUACGAUACCAAGCAGAACCCGAACUGUAAACCCCCUUAUUCGUUCAGCUGCCUCAUCUUCAUGGCUAUAGAAGAUGCCCCCUCCAAAAGACUGCCAGUUAAAGACAUAUACAACUGGAUCCUGGAACACUUCCCUUACUUUGCCAACGCCCCAACAGGGUGGAAGAACUCAGUCAGGCACAAUCUGUCACUCAAUAAGUGUUUUAAGAAAGUGGACAAGGACAGGAGUCAGAGUAUCGGAAAGGGCUCCCUGUGGUGCAUAGACCCAGAGUACAGGCAGAAUCUCAUCCAGGCGCUGAAGAAGACACCUUAUCAUCCCUAUUCCCAGGUGUUCACUAUGCCACCCACAUCUCCUCAGGCAUAUCAAAGUAUGUCCAGUACUCCAGUAUGGCCAGAAAGUCCUUUUUAUAGAAAAAACAAGGGAGUCCUGCUACAAGUCCCUCAGGGAGUGAUCCAAAACGGAGCUCGUAUGAUGAGCCAGGGUAUCUUCCCAGGAAUCCGAUCCCUUCCCAUCAGCCCCAUUGUGAGCAGGACAGCCGCUGUCAGGUCAGUACUUGCUGGCUAUGGAAUUAACAGUGACGGCGAGCCAAUCCUCAACUCACCAUUGGUCAGCAGCGAUCCCAAGGAUGACCACAACUACAGUUUUGCCAAAUCUUCCAGCUCCGAUAAUGGGGAAGAGACCCACUGCGACGGAAGCGAGGUGAGCUUCCACGCCAUCGAUGCCGGCAGUGACGCCGAGGACGACGACAAGAGCAAAAUCAAGAAGGAGCCCAAGGAGUGGUCUGUGGAUGCACUCGCGUUGGCCCAGCACAAGAAACGGCAACUUUUGACAAAAGCCAAACUGAGAGUGGCCUGUGACACUCUUCCUCUAAAAAAGAGGCGCACAGAGAAGCCUCCAGAAAGCGACGAUGAGGAAAUGAAGGAGGCGGCCGGGUCCCUGCUCCAUUUGGCGGGAGUCAGGGCUUGUUUGAACAAUAUCACCAACCGGACGGCUAAGGGGCAGAAAGAGCAAAAAUAAUGAACAGACUGUAUUAUAAAGAGGAAAAAAAAAAACAUCACUUUGAAUAGAAUUUAGUAUUUUUUUCCAGGACAUCAGGUGAAUUCUACUGAUUUGCGGCAAUAUCAACAAUCACUUUGUUUUCCUAUCUUUAUAGGUAACAUUUUACGGAGGGUUCCUUGUUUUGGUUCACUUUAAUUUUAUUGUGUUUUUUAAACUACGGAGAUUGAAGCCAUAGCCUUCCUUUUUUUUUUUUAUAUUUAGCGAAGGAAUUAAUUUGGCUGAUAGAAAAAGUGAUAGAGCUACACACAAAAUUUGCCCUGAAUGUCAUGGUUAAAGACAUGAAUGAAAAUGUGUCUGCCUCUAAUUGUCAAACGAUAAACAUUCUGCAGCAAUGUUCUCAAUUUAUGGUUCAACUCGCCAGAGACAGUUCUAAACUUAGUGAUAAUUACGGAUGACAGUGAUCUCAGAUGUGAAUAAAAUGUUUCCCCUCGGUUAGAAGCACAGGACCAUGCCAAAGACAAUCCUGUGGGCUUGAGCAGUUCCUGUGAUGUCACUUCCCCUUGAUGCUCUGGCCAUUAGUAAAGUCCAGCUCUUGUCCAGCUCUGGCCAAUGCAGUGAAUGCUCAAGUCCUGUACUCGUCUUUGGGCUUGUAUGAAUCAUAAUUUAUAAGAGAAAAGCCAUAAUCCUUUUGUCAAUGUGCUUUUUGGUUGCAAAGGCAACCUGAUCUCAUAGAAUGAAUGUUACUAUACCUACAUUUUUACAAAAUGAUUUUAACAUGGCUUAUUCUGUGUAUCACGGUAUUUUCCUGGUGAAAUGAACACUAGAGGCGCUACAACAACAAUUACUUGUAUUCACUCAAAUCAUGUAUAAAACUUCAGAUUACCAGUUUAUAAAUACUUUACUUUUAAUCCAGUUCCUCACACAAUGCGAUCUUAUGACAUUAAAUCUAAUUUACUAUAGCGCAUGACUUGUAAGGCGACACAUUUUAGCAUUUGCAUUAUAUACCCAAUAGUAUUUACAAGCUUAGUCAAAGGUGAACAAGUCGUGCAGUAGGUCAACUGAGAGAGCAUUGCACUUGCGAUAGAAAGGUCCAUAAGAGCAUGCAAGUCGAUACGUGAGCUGAACUUGUCAUAGAAGUACCACAAAAUGACGUGGUUGCUUCAGCAAUUACAUUUUGUAUGUCACAUUUGUUAUGGACACUAUCGUUUGGGUUUAGGUUAAAGGUUUAGGCUAGGGAAGUAGGUUUUGUUGAUAUAAAACUCGACAGACCAUUAACUGUGAAAACCUCAUCCGCUUGGGAGAAAGUGUAACUCGCUUUUAGCGCCACACAGUGGGCAUGUCACAUCGGAUCUGCCGCGAUACGCGUAUUUGUAAUUAUAUUUUGCACAAAUUUUGCUAUAGUAACUUUUAAUGAGAUCAGGCUGGGCAAAAGUGUUUAAAAUAAGACAUUAAAAAUAAGUCUUUAAAACUGCCCACAUUUUAUCUAAGCAAUCAAAAUGAGUGUUAUUGUCUAUCUAAAGUGAUAGUAGAUGGUGAUAUUUCUUUUUUGGCACAAUGAAAAUGAAAACUUGGAGCUAAUGCUACGAUACCUGCCAAUUUUAUUUUAAUAGCAGAAAAGAAUGACUGUGGAGUUGUUUUGUGUUUGUUUGUUUGUUAAUGUUUAAAAAAAAUUGGUUUUAAACCCUCGUGAUGUAAUAAGCAAUUUCAUCAGUCAGGAUAACACUGUAUUAAAGUUACACUAGACCAUUUUUCCUUUCUUAAUUUAAGCAAUGUAGCCAGCAGGAUUUUUUCCAAAUCGUGUUGCAUGGGUUCUGUAAAGAAAAAGAAAGUCAAAGUUCAUGUAAGGUAAAUAAUGUAUUUAGCAUGGAGCAUGAAUUAUUUUCAUAUAAAUAUAGAUCCUAGAGAACUACGGCACCGCCUCUAUAGUCCUAGUCUCUUUUGUUGUUUUUGUCUCAUUUGAUUUUCGAAUUGUCGUCCUCAUCGUAUUUGUGUUGAAGCAGGCAUUUUAAGAAUUACCUUCUUCAGGGACAAACAGUGACUGUUGGGAAAAUCUCUCUCUGCAAUAUGACGACUUCACGUUACAUGCAGGGCUAUGGCCGUCUCAGAGACCACGACCGCCCUCUAAUGGAUACGUUCCAGAGUUCGGAAUUUCAGCUAUGUCAGUGUCCGUGUCGCUGUGGAGAAGUUCGUAGUGAGUGUCGAUCCUCCCAGCUCCUUCCUGCUUUGUGCCUGCUUUUCUUCCAUGUGUAAUUCGGGUGUGCGUGUCUGUAAUUUAUUCAGGGUCUUCCAUUUAUUCCGCAAGACUUUUGGAUCUACAGUACAAAGUGACAUAGUUUUGUUAGUUUUUUUCUUUGUAUUUACAUUGUAGCGCUGUUUUGGAGAGUUGUCAGUAUUGAUUCAGUUGAUCUUGGUACCGGUGGACAAACAGACAAAUAUUUACACCAACACACAUAUAUUUAAGCACUUAUAGACACUAAAUGGAAGUAAUACCAGAGCUCAGUGCAAAUGCUAGUGUAUAUAUUUUCACGACCUCGCCAAAUUGCACUUUUAUUGAUGUAACAUAAGGAUGAUUCAGUGCCAAAGCCUGUAAUGAAUCUCUAUACACUGCAAAAUGGACUACACAUACUUCAUAUGUAUGUCAAGUCAUAAAUUUGUCAAUAAGUUGUAGCAUUUCUGUCAAAUACCCAUGUAUGAUAUUCUCAUAUUUGUUAAGAUCACAUUGCAUUGCUGUAAUUUCCUCAUCAGGAUGUCUUUCAUUUCAUAAUGUCAUACUGCCUUCCCCUCUAAUCUGAUAAUAAUGCUUCAAACCCAAUGUUUUGUAGCGUGUUGAAUGUUAAACCGAUGAGUGUUAAUGAGAUGUCUCCAGUUGGCAUGCCUUUUUACCUAAAAACCAAGCUAGUAAUUUGAAUCUGAAUACCCCUGAUUUAAACUUUAGUACAGAUUUGUGACCUUGUUUUCUGUUAGGUCUUUUAUCAAAUCAACAUAUGCCAUAUCAAGUUUCACUUCAAAAUAGUUCAAAUGGAGGAAACCAGUAGCAGAGAAAGCUAUGAGUACUUUAUAAACACUGCCUUUCUUCAAAGGACAACUCUCACUACAUAACUUUUCCUUUUAGUAUUCUUUCAGAGGCAACUCUCUGUUAAAGGAACUUGAAAUACGUUAAACGCAUCAACAAGAGCCAGUCAAAUAAGCAUUAAUAGAAGGCGAAGUGUUUCUUUUCUCCAUUGUGUUUUUUUUGUUCUUGAUUGUUUUGUUAAAAGGUUCCUGUGAACUGACAUUAUGUUGAGUGUUUGAGUUUGCAAAGAUGAAAGUAAUGGAGUCUAUUUGGUUUGUAAUGAAUUAUUCGGUCUGAUGGCAUGUGCACCCAGCUAAUAUGUCAAUAUAAAGGUGUAAUUGCACUCUGUAUUUCUUUGACUUGUAAUCAUAUUGCCAAAGACAACAAUUUUGUUAAUGUAAAUAUCACUUUGUCCAUUGCUAUGACAAAUUCUAUUUGUUUUUGUUUCAUUUUAGUUUUCUCCCAACCUUACCAUCAAGUUUCUGUGAUGUUGUCUUCCAGUUGCAAUAAAAAAAAAUUGUAAAGAUGA